ACCGCGAGCGAGGGAGACACAGCUGCCUCUCAAGCCUGCCCUUUCCCCCUGGCAGAGAGUGCUGGGUCAGGCGAGCCACUGCCCCACCACCGCCUUCCAUUCGUGGUGGCCCAGAGGAGCCCUUCGCCAACCAGCUGCCGGAAAAAGCUGGACAAAGAAACCAAUUUCCAUCUCCCUGAACACAAAAUGCUCCCCAAAGUACUGGCCCUGGUGGCUGUGAGCAUCCUACACCUGCCCUGGAGCAGCACUCAGGGCUGCCUGAGCAAGCAGCAAGUGGCCAACACCAUCAGGCAGAUGCAGAAGCUGCUGUCCUCCCACGAGGCUGCCCAGAUGCAGAACAUGCGCAACCUCAAGAAACAAUUGACCAUUCUGCAAGGCAACAUCCAGAAGCAGGUGGCCAAGCACAAUGACAGCUGUACUCUGCUGCCAGUGCCCCCAAAUGGCCGAAGGCUGGGCAGGAAAACACUUGUGGGUCAUGAUGUGCACUUCCUGUGUGACCCCGGCUUCCUCCUCGUGGGAUCUGAGACACGGACAUGCCUGGAUAAUGGCACAUGGAGUGGACACCAACCUUUUUGCAAAAGCAUCAAUUAUUGUGCCAGCAAUCCCUGCGCCAAUGGUGGGACCUGUGUGGAUGGCACGCACCGCUAUAGCUGCUUGUGUCCCAGCGGCUGGUCAGGUGCCACCUGCCAAGCUCCAGUUUAUUCCCAUUGGGUAACGCUGAGCAACUCAUCCUUUAGCCGCCAGCCCCGCUGUGCUGACAACCUGAUGGGCUCGCGCCAGUGCCGCUGUGACGCAGGUUUCCAAAUGCAGGCAGGAAGCAUUUGCCAAGAUGUGGACGAGUGUCAGCUCUUCCAGUCCAGCCGCCCCACCCGCAUCUGCCUCCAUGAAUGCGUGAACGUGCCCGGCUCUUACCGAUGCACUUGCCCAGAUGGCUACCGGCUCCAGGCUGACAAGAGCACAUGCAGUGAUGUGGACGAGUGUGCUGAGAAUCAGCACAAUUGUAGCCGGGGACAGACGUGCAUCAACGUUUUCGGAGGGUUCCGGUGCGUGCGACCCGAGUGCCCCAAGGCCCAGCUCAACACCAGCUACGUCAAAACCUCGGCUGCGCAGUGUGAGCGGAGCCCGUGCCCCAUGGACAGCAAGGCCUGCCAGAGAGCCGCCAACUCCAUCUCGUUCCACUACUUGCCUCUCCAGUCCAACCGCACGGUGCCCCGGGUGCUGUUCAAGAUGUCCACCAGCCGCUUCGUCGGGGACAGCCUGCGCUUUGCCAUCUUGGGGGGCAACGGCCAAGGGAUGCUGGUCGUGCAGCGUGCAGACCGCCAGGCAGGAGAGCUGGUGCUCACCAGACCAGCCGUGGGGCCGACGACAUUGGAGGCAGAGCUGGAAAUGAGUGAAUUUGCCCGGAAGAUGCCGCUGGGGAAGCACAUCUUCAAAAUCACCAUCUUUGUUGCACAGUAUGAAUUCUGAGCCCCACACCUACAGAAUACUGUGGGGACGGGGAAAACAGGGACAGCUGAAUGGGCAGAACUUGCAAGGACUUGGCUCCAGGCGAGAGACUCCCAAACUACGCCAAGACGCUACUGCGAGAGGGAUUGCAAAAUGAACAGACCCAUGUGGAUGACCCAUAACUCAAUGACCUUUGUGGUGGGAAGCCAGUACAGUACUGCUCCUUCUCCCCCUGGCAGAUGCCAUCCUCUUAAGGGAAGAACUGAUAACACACUGAUGUAGCAGCUGGCAUUACAGCUGGCAAGGGUAAGGCAAUUCUGGGAGCACUGCUCUUGCCCAGAAAGCCUGCUUCUAUGUUCAAACACGAGCAGAUUGGGGGGGAAAAUGGAGGGUGGAAUGCAAGAAGCAGUACUGAGGCAUCUUCAGAGCUGCAAGGAAGUUGCUAUCAAUGUUCCUUCUAAAUUUUCCCCGCUGCUGAGCAGAACUUCCCAAGCAUGGAGCAGAAAUGUUGAUAGUUUGAGCAAAAGUAUUUUGAAUUCAAAGCUCAACAUAUUUACAACUGGCUUGUCUUGAAGCCAGGCAGCAUGGUGGCCUCAUGUGCACCCCAUCCAGAGCUGCUCAUCAGUGAGGGAAGCAGGUAUAUGUGUCUAUAGGGUAGGCCCAAGUCUGCUUCUAGACCAGAGGUGUCCAACUGUGGCGCUUCAGAUGUUCAUGGACUACAAUUCCCAUCAGCCCUUGCUGGCAUGGCCAAUUGGCCAUGUCAGCAAGUGGCUGAUGGGAAAUGUAGUCCAUGAAUAUCUGAAGCGCCACAGUUGGACACCCCUGCUCUAGACCUUUUACUGUUAUAAGCUGCUGCGUGACCAGAGAGGUGUUAGCACAGGAUCCCUUGCAGUGUUGUGGAAGGUGAGAGGGAGAACACAAUGCUGGGACUGCCUGCAGGUAUAGGUGACCCGGCACCCUUGGCGACAUUGCAAAGGAUUCUGGGAUACACUUCUUAGAUUGCAUACAGCUUUCGGUUACCUCACCCCAAACUGCUUGUAUAUUUUGAGUGCCCCACUGCCCGCAAAUAACUCCUUUUAAAAAGGGAAGCCACCUUCCUUCCUUUCCUCCAUCAGAUACAUUUCCUCCCACUUUAAAAUAGCACAGCAUGGUGAUUGGAAACCAAUUGAACACUUUGAGCCAAGAGGAAAGGUGAGGUGACUAAAUAUAUCUAGCGAACGGGGUAGAUAGCAGGAGAGGUCAUUCCUGGUUCAUUCCCCAUCCACCGCUGAAAAAUGGCCUAAUCUAAUAAAUACCAAAGGCACCAGCUCAUAAAUGUUUGUGAUGUAAGAAAGGCAGGUUGGGAGGGAGAGAUGUAUAAACACCAGUACUGGACCUGCCAUCUUUGCAAGAUGCAGGCCUGACUGAGCUUCUCAACGUUACAAAGAUCUGCAUUCCUGGUUGUUCCCCUGACCGUGUCUAACACUUCAAGUAAACAGCCUGCAGAACACUGGAAGGCAAUUCAGGAAGUUGGGAGCUGGCUUCAAGCCAUGGUGCACCCAUGGAAUAUAAGGAGGGCACCUGUCUGACAUCUGGAGCGGAUGCCUCUCUCUUUCCUCUUCCUUGCAGGGAUAAGUUCGGAAGAACUGGAUUAUUCUAUUGUUUUCUGGGCAGAGAAAAUAGGAUACAAAUGCAGGAAGAACUUAUUUUCGACAGCAGUAAGGGGAUACGCCGGUUGCAUGCCAUUAGGCUUUGCAACGAUACACGAUAUAGAAUGAUACAAGCUGUAGGAAAUGGAAAAUAUUAUUUAAAAUAAUAAUCUUCGCUGUACCAGUUGUUUCUCUUUAAGUGACUUUUUGACUAACAUGUUGCAUGAAGGAGCAGCUUGGCGGGGCCGCCACUGAAUGCUUUUCAGCCAGGCCCCACCAGGCUGCCUGG